GCUCCUGGUGUCUGCAGCAGCAGACACCAGUAGAGACAGAGUGAGGCUGCUGCCUCCUGAAUCAGAUGAGCGGGGGUCACCCAGGAUUCUCUUGAAAUUCCUCUCCAAGAAACGAUUUUUUUUAAUAUGUGACAAUUUCUAUCUAUACCUUUUCUCCUGGAGACGAUCUGCUUUCUUGCUGCUGCAUUUUUGCCUUAUUUUUUGUUUUUGUUUUGUUUGUUUAAUUUUUAAAUGAAAACGCUAGAAAGGGGAAGAACAGAAAAGUGGGACAGAAUCCGUCAGGAAAAGACUCUGAGAAGGCAAGAGACGAUUUAGGAAGCCAUAACGGAUUUUUUUAUUUUAUUUUUUGUAAGGCUUUCCGUGAUAAGAAGAGCUGCGAUGCUGAACAUUUCUUUUUUUCUGAUCGUACUUUUGAGAUGAUUGAAUAUUUGGACGUUUAUUGUGAUUCCUGAAUCUCUGAACGGAUCAUUACGGAAAAGUUUGACCUGGAAAAAGCGAUUUUUUAAAUAAUUUUAUUCCCUUUCACAGUAAAUGAUGCAUUUGGACAAAUGUCAUUUUUAGACCGCCUGUUGGUUCAAGUCGCCCGCACUGACAGCUGGUUUUCUCUCUUUUUUUCUGUUUCAACAAAGAAAUCCAGAACGCAAAGCGGACUAAACUUUAAACAGAUAAGGCUUUUGAUCACAUUCCUUCUGAAUAUAUCAAGGACAGAAACCGUCGAAACUCCAGAGAGCGAGGCUAUAUGAAGAUCGCGACAAGGUUGUUGCUUUUCCCUCGCAGAAAUGCCAGUGCGCGCUGUGACCACCAGGUUCAUGUACAAGGGACUUUGCACUAUUCCAGAUGUCCUCACCUACCGGACCCCUGUUAGCCUGCCCGAGGAUGAGGUGGAAGAGAUCCGCGAGGCUUUCAAGGUAUUUGACCGAGACGGGAACGGCUUUAUCUCCAAGCAGGAGUUGGGGAUGGCCAUGCGUUCGCUGGGCUACAUGCCCAACGAGGUGGAGCUGGAGGUCAUCAUCCAAAGACUUGACAUGGAUGGUGAUGGGCAGGUUGGCUUUGAGGAAUUUGUCACGUUGCUGGGUCCCAAACUGUCUGCUACUGGAAUGCCUGAUAAGUUCCAUGGAGCAGACUUUGAUUCUGUCUUUUGGAAGUGCGACAUGCAGAAACUGACUGUGGAUGAGCUCAAACGACUCCUGUACGAUACUUUCCGUGACCACCUCACCAUGAAAGAUAUUGAGAACAUCAUCAUGACUGAAGAGAACCACCUCACCAGCCCAGAGUCACAUGUAGACAUUGACACAAGCCCAACGCAGCAGGAGAAGCACACAUGUGUGCGUAAAAGUCUGAUUUGUGCCUUCGCUAUUGCAUUUAUCAUCAGCGUCAUGCUCAUUGCAGCAAAUCAAAUGCUCCGCAGAGGGAUGAAAUAAUAAAUACAACCAGCGGGAAUCAGAAAGAGCUAAGAGAGGAGAAAAACAAAAACUUACCAAAACACAUUUACAAUGUUAGGUUUUAUUCACAGCUGACAAGCAUGAUGAUGUUCUCCCAGCUUCUCUCUCCAGAAUAAUGGAUGAAAUGAUGUCAGUCAGUGGAUGUGUAUGCUCAUUUAUCACACCAUGGCCAGGUGGAAAACAGAACUGAAUGAAAGGCACUUAUGAGGGUAGAAAAAAUACAAUUUGAGACUUGUCUUUUUGAAAGGCAUGUAAAAAAUAAAACAAAUAUAUAUGAAGCAAUACUAAAAAAUGAGCCAGAAGUCUUUGUGUCCUUAUGCCUUUCAUUACUGCAAACUCAUUGUGAGUCAAAGCUCACAAUGAGUUUGCUAAACAAGCACAGUUCUUUUUAUUAAAACCAUUUUGUCUUUUGUUGUGUCAUCAUGAUGACCGAAACUGAAGUAUCCUCAUUUCUUAUGAAUAUCUCAUUGUUAAGUUGCGUUUAUUUACGAGAUGUGAAUGUUUUCUGACAUUUGGCUGAAAUGAGAUGCAAAGUGUAAAUAAAAAGCUUCCAUUUCAUUUCUGCUAACUUUAUGUUAAGAGCCAGAGGAGCAACAAUCAGCCUAUUUUUAACUGCAGACAAAUGAUAAUUCCAACAUAGUAAUAUUUUAAGAAGAGCUCAAACUCUGACAGGCGAAAAAAGAAAAACAAGAGCAAAGAUUUGCAGACAGUGACUGCUGUGCUCGAGUCAGUGAGAGAAAAAAAUCCAAAUAAUUUUUCGAAAACGUCACAGUUUACUAAGAAGUUUCCUUCUUAGUGUCAGGCUGAGAGGUCUGAUAUAGCUUUUUAAUUCAAAAAGAUGUUUUGUCAGCUAAAAUUUGAACAAUUGCUGCUUUAAGACUCAAUCUGGCGCCUGGGAUGUCACAGAAAGGCUGCAAAAUUCCUGCAAAGAAUCAUGGGAAAGGAUGUGAAUGAAUAGUUGUUUUUAUAGUUAUUUUUUAAUUUGCUUUUAAAAUGAAAUUUAAAUGUUCUUUUAUUAUUAUAUAAUAUUUAUUUUUUUCUUUUUAUUGCUUUUUAUCAUUUGAAUGAUUAUGAACUUUUCUUUAAAGUAAAAUUUUAAAUUUAAAUUCUAAAUUCCACAUUCUGAAUUCAAUUUUUAAUUUGAAUUCUGGAUUUAUAUUUGAAAAUUUUAAUCUUGAAUUAGAAUUUUUGCUUCACCUUGCAAUUAAAUUUGAAUUCUAAAUUUAAAAUUUUGAAUUUGAAUUUGAGAUUGAAUUUGAAUUUAAAUUUGAAUUUAAACUUCACCUUAAAAUUAAAUUAGAGUUCUGAAUUUUCUAUUUCUAAAUUCUUAAUUUUAAAUUCUAAAUUGAGAAUUUGAGUUUGAAUUUGAGAUUGAAUUUGAAUUCAAACUUCACCCUAAAAAUACAUUGAGUUUUUAAUUUUUUAAUUCAAAAUUCUCGAUUGAUGAUUUUAAUUUUAGUUAUAAUUCUAUAUUUUAAAUUCUGGAUUUGAAUUUAAAAUGUUAAAUCUUGGUUUCAAUUUUAAUUUGAAUUUCUCCCCAUCAUGUCAAAAUAUGUCAUGCUAAAUACAUUUAUCGUGAUAUAUUUUGACUAUCAUCCCACUGAAGUGCUACAAAUAUUAUGUAUCCACUGUGUAAAAACCUGUUUACCCUAAAUUUAAAUUCUGAAAAAAAAUUGAAAAUGAAUUAAAACCAUCAGUAGCAAAAUGUCCUGAGACACCAGCUGUGAAUACGUAAAGUACUGCUUAAAAGCUAUGUUUAUCCUGUGCUAUUUAUAUUAAAAGUCAUCAUGAAGCGGUACAAUUGCAUGUUCAAAAAAUGUAUGUCUGACCUGCCUGUGAGAUAGAUUUUUUAGAUACAUGUUCCAAUAAUUAUGCAAUUUGUUAAAGUGAUCAUUGCAAAAAAGAACUUUCUCAGUAUUUGGCAUUUAUCUGUAAAUGUCAGUUCUGUGGAUGUAAAAAUAGCAAAAUGAUAGAUACUUUGCAUUAAUCUAUGAACUAUUGUCUAACAUAUCAUGAGAAGUAUCUUUGUUUUUUACAUGGACCAUUGAAAAGACAUUUUGUUUAGAAUGUACCUUGCACAUAUUUUAUUUUUUUAUCUGUUAUUUUAUUUAUAAUAUAAACAUUAUCUUUUUUAAAACUAUUUUAAAAAUGAGCAAAAAAUAUCUACAAAAUGUAUAUUUGUUUACCUUUCAAUUGCAAGUCUUUGGCUUGAAGGCCAUGACUUGCAUUGACUUUUCUGAUUUGUUACGGUUAUUUUGAAGGUUAUACACUUAACUUUAGUAUUUGUCAAUAAGGCAAGCUUUAAAAAUACUUUCUGUGGUUUUCUUGUCGUUAAUAUUUUUUUUUAAAGCUUUACCACCAAUGGAGAGGUAUUGCUCAGUGAGAAUCUCUGGCAAUAAAACUGAUAUUUUCUCUCACGUGAAAACUAUUCAUAACAUUACCUCUUCAUGUGAACAUAUCAUAAAAGAUAUGAACUUUGUGUUAUUGUAAAGUGUAGUCACUGUGAAAAAUCUGACACUAUAAGCAAAUAUCUUAAUCUGAAUGUUUUGGUGUUUUGAUGAGUAGAUUUUUGUAUCUUCUGUCGACUAAUUGUCUAAAUCUAAAGUGAUAUUAUAUGUGUACAUUUUCCAGAGGGGAAUGUGGACAUUUUCUGUUCUGUGCCUUUGGCAUUUAAAAAAACAACACUGUCUUGCAACUGUAGUGACUCCAGAGAAUCUGGCACAAAAAUGGUGGAAAGUCAAUUUAGCAACAAAAACAAAAAAAAAUAGAGAAGAGAAGAAAAAAGUGUCAAUGAAAUUGUUUUGGGGUGAUUUCUCUGUAAAUCUGUCACUCUUCUUCAGCAGAAGUUGCUUAAACUUCCAUGUAGAAAUUGUUUCAGCCAAGUCUGAAUUUGUCCAGGAUCUAUCCUGUUUCUUCUCCCCAUUCUGUAAAAGGGAAAGAAUCAGUUAUGCACUAAUAUUAAAAGUGUCAAGAUGCAUGCAGUGGAAAUAAAAGUCCAUCAAAAAAA